UGCGCAAUAUCGUAGCCGAAGUGUAACCUGUCCACUCCAGAGGGGAUCACAGAAAUGUCGACAAAAUUUUCCUGGACGAUGUAAGAAAUUAAGGACAGGACACCAAAAGAUAUCGCGCCAUCUAGCAUAAAUCCACCAAACCGCAGCAGCAUGGCGGACGAGACCAUAGCCCCCAGACGAGGCUCUGCGCCCCGCGGCGUGAGCCUGAUGUGCAGCACGCUCUGCACCAAGCUGAUCCGGACCAAGAGUCUGGGACUGGACGCGCUGUCCACCCCGCUCAAACGGUGCCUGUCCACUCUAGAACUGACCCUGCUGUCCAUUGGCGCCAUGAUCGGAGCGGGUCUGUACGUCCUGACGGGUACAGUAGCGCACGAGAUGUGCGGCCCCGCCGUCACGGUGUCCUUCCUCAUCGCCGGCAUCGCCUCGCUCUUCUCAGCGCUGUCGUACGCAGAGUUCGGCGCCAGGAUUCCCAGGGCAGGUUCUGCUUACGUGUAUACCUACGUCACGGUGGGUGAGCUAUUCGCGUUCGUGGUUGGCUGGGACCUGGUGUUGGAGUACAUGAUUGGUGCAGCCUCCGUGGCGCGGGCCUGGAGUGGUUACAUCGACUACCUGGUGGACAACAGGAUAUCGAACUGGACUGACCAGCACCUGUUGAUAACUGACCUGCGGCCGUUCGCGGACAAACCGGACCUGAUCGCCUUCGGAGUGGUGCUGGUCAUCAUGCUGCUGGUCAUCCUCGGAGCAAAGGAGUCGUCUACGCUGAACUCGGUGCUGACUGUAGUGAACCUGAUGGUGAUCCUGUUCAUCCUGGUGUCGGGACUGAUGCUGUCCGACCUGCACAACUGGACCGACUACGGAGGCUUCAUGCCGUUCGGAUGGAGGGGGAUCAUGAACGGCGCGGCCUCGGCGUUUUUCGGGUACGUGGGGUUCGACGUGGUGGGGAACUUGGCGGAGGAAGCACGUGACCCCGCGCGGAGCAUCCCGGUCGCCAUCUGUAUCUCGGUGAUUCUCACGAUAGUUGCGUACGUGGGCGUGUCCGCGGUUCUCACCCUCAUGGUGCCCUGGACAGCCGUCAACCCCAGGUCCGCCCUGGCCUCAGCCUUCAGUUUAAGAGGUUGGGGCUGGGCGGGCAGUAUCGUGGCUGUAGGCGCCAUGUGUGCGAUGACGGCCGCCCUGCUUGCGUCACUGUUCGCGCUGCCCCGCUCCGUGUACGCACUGGCGUCAGACGGGCUCUUCUACCAUCCCUUCUCAAAGGUUAGCGCUAGGACCCAUGUACCGGUGCUCGCCACAGUCGUUUUCGGAUUUUUGACCGCCCUCAUCGCCCUGCUGUUCAACAUCCAGUCGCUGGUGGAGUUCCUGUCGAUAGGAACGCUCCUAGCGUACACCAUUGUAGCUGCAAGUGUCAUCGUCACAAGGUACCAGUCGCACUUCCCUCACGAGCUGGCCGGGCUGGACCUGAUCCCGCCGUGGUUCGAGCAGGGGGAGGAGCAGCUGAGGGAGGAGGCGGUCCGGAGGAGGCGGGAGCAGCCCGGGGUGCUGAAGCAGGCGUACACCUUCCUCCCGCUGCUCCGGGGCGCCGAGCCGGGACAGGCCGUCAGUACUGCCGUACUCAUCAUGGCCAUCUUUGAGGUCGGACUGGCGAUGCUAGUCAUGUACGGAUUUAACGCGACCACGUACCGGCAGAUCUGGGCUGGUGUGGGAGUGGUGGCGUUUACAGUGGGGCUGGUGCUGACACUGGUGGUCAUCAGUCUCCACAAGCAGAACAGGAACAUCAUGACCUUCAAGGUGCCGUUCGUGCCCGUUCUUCCCGCCAUUUCCAUGUUCCUCAACAUCUGCCUGAUGGUGUCGCUACGAAGCAUCACGUGGAUUCGUUUCGCUGUCUGGAUGGUGAUUGGUUUGCUGGUGUAUUUUUCCUACGGGGUCCGGAACAGCCGGGCUUCUCUGCCAGGCUCGGAGCAACAGUCUGAUUACGUCAUCAUGCCGAAACGGAAGGAGGGAAUCAGGAGAGCCGAACUGGUUCCGGUCAUGCGCAGAAGAGAUUCUAAAAAUGGAGAAAAACAAACCGAGGAGUCUGAAAAACUGAUUCAAGCAGAGGACUGGGAGAUCAUAGCCUUCCGUGAGAAGUCACGUGGUCCACCCCACACGGAAAUGACGUCACCGGCAGUGGACAUCGAAGAGGACGGCGCAACGGAUGAUGGGAAGAAAUCAGACGACAACCUGACAGAUACUGAGGAACAGAAGGGAGAAAGCAAAGAAGCAGAUAGCAAAGAAAAGAAAAUGACAUAAAGCUUCAUCUUGCUCAGAAUGUAUUCACGAAAUGUAAGAGUGUUAAUCGUGUGGGAAAAUCCUGCAUGGAGCAAUUCAUCUUUCUGUAACUCUUUAUAUGUAUACGUACAGCACACACGCGCUAAGUUGGAACAGAACAAAAAGCACAUUGCAUUUAGCAUGAUAUUUUAGUAGUUGGUCCAUUGACAAUUAUUGUAAUUUCACUCAGGGCGAGGAACCUGCACCCUUUUAGGUGAAUAGAUAGUGGAAGAAUAUAGAGAAAUAAUCUAUGUAAAGCAAUGUACAGAUGCGAAAUGAAUAAAGAUCCUAUUGCAAGCAUUAUGAAAAGAAUUGUCGUGACUGGAGCUAGGGGCCAUGUAAACACGAGUA